ACUUCCCCCCCUUCCUGUGUGUCUCGCUGUGAGUCGCAAAGGGCGGACUCCCAUUGGCUGCGGCGGACUCCCGGAGCAGGUAGCUCUCCUCGGUGCUGAAAUCAUCGCAGCUCGUCGUGAUAAUGUAAACGGCGAUGAGCCUGUCAACCAGUAAACAUCAAAAUGGACGAUGAUCUGUUCCAACUGAGACAGCUACCUGUUGUCCGCUUCCGUCGCACAGGUGAGAGCACACGCUCCGAGGACGAUGGGGAGAACAGAGAACAGAUUGUCAGGAUUGCAGAGCAGACUGAUCUGGAGUCUGUGGCUCUUACAGACGGAGCUCCGGUUCCUCGGGAGUUUGCCAAUCCAACUGAUGACACAUUCAUGGUGGAAGAUGCCGUAGAGGCCAUCGGCUUUGGGACAUUUCAAUGGAAGCUCUCCAUCCUCACUGGUCUGGCCUGGAUGGCCGAUGCUAUGGAGAUGAUGAUCCUCAGCAUCUUAGCCCCUCAGCUGCACUGUGAAUGGAGGCUGCCCAGCCUCGAGGUGGCACUUCUUACAUCGGCAGUGUUCAUUGGGAUGAUGCUCAGUUCCUCUCUUUGGGGAAACAUAUCUGACAAAUACGGCAGAAAAACAGGUCUGACGCUGAGUGUGCUGUGGACCAUGUUCUAUGGCGUACUGAGUGCAUUUGCACCAGUUUAUGGCUGGAUCCUCGUCCUCCGUGCACUGGUGGGCUUUGGCAUCGGAGGAGCCCCACAGUCGGUGACACUGUAUUCUGAGUUUCUGCCUAUGAGGUCCAGAGCCACAUGCAUCUUGCUGAUUGAGAUCUUUUGGGCCCUGGGCACUGUGUUUGAGGUCCUCCUAGCCAUCCUGGUGAUGCCCACUCUGGGCUGGCGUUGGCUACUCGGACUUUCAACCAUUCCUCUCUUCAUCUUUUCCAUGUUGUGUUGUUGGCUACCUGAGAGUGCUCGGUACGACAUGCUGACAGGGAAUCAUGAAAAAGCUCUGUCCACGUUGAAGCGCAUCGCUGCAGAGAACGGAGUACCGAUGCCCUUGGGGAAACUUGUCGCUGCCAGACAGGAGGAACGUGGAAAGAUUCAAGACUUAUUUUCACCGCACUUUCGCUGGACCACAAUUCUGCUGUGGUUUAUUUGGUUUGCAAAUGCCUUUUCUUACUACGGGCUGGUGCUGCUCACUACAGAGCUUUUUCAGGAGGGAGGUGCAUGUGGAAUGACCAAAGGUAACAGGAGGGAGCUUGGAUGCAACUUGGAGUGUAAAUAUCUGAACUCUGACGACUACAAAGACCUGUUGUGGACAACCUUAUCUGAAUUCCCAGGACUUCUGGUGACAUUAUGGGCCAUCGAUCGAUUGGGAAGGAGGAAGACCAUGGCGUUGUGUUUCUUCGUCUUCUCUAUGUGCAUCAUUCCGCUCUACGGCUGUGUUGGGAGAACAUCCAUGACAGUGUUGAUAUUCAUCGCCAGAGCUUUCAGCGGAGGAUUUCAAGCUGCAUAUGUGUACACUCCAGAGGUGUAUCCAACAGCGAGCAGGGCUUUAGGUCUGGGAACGAGCAGUGGAAUGGCCAGAGUCGGUGCCCUCAUUACACCUUUUGUUGCACAGGUAAUGCUGGAGUCUUCCGUGUACCUGGCUCUGUCCGUGUACUGCUGCUGCUGCCUCCUAGCUGCCAUCGCCUCCUGUGCACUGCCAAUUGAGACAACAGGCCGGGGCUUACAAGAGUCCGUACACCGCGAGUGGGGACAGGAGAUGGUGGGCCAGGAGAUGGUGGGCCGAGCCCCCUCCCAAAGCUCAGGGGAACACCCUCCCUCAAGCUCAGGCUCCCAGGGCUGAGGACUUGUUGGCGGGAGCACAACAGGGAGAGGCAAGCACAGUGAGGGAAAAGAGGCGAGGAGAGGCCAAAGAAAGCUCAACCAGCUUUCGCUGUCCAUCUCCAGUCCCAAGUUAUGUCUCUUCAGUUUAGGCACUACAGUGGCUUCAAAGGGCCAGGCAGCAACAUGAAACAUGUUUUAUUAUAUAGUGUUCAACUACCAUUGCUGUCACAAUUUUUGCCACUGAAUACCUGCACAAGGGGCUACUGGAUGGACCAAAUGACCUACACCAGGGCAAGGUUGAGAAAAUAUGUGAAUAAAUUCAAGGGAAGCUAAGGUGAAUAAAGGACAAAAAAGUCACACCUUCCGAUAACGAUUUCUUUUGAAAGAGCCUUAAAAAUGAUCUAUUUGCGUUUGAGAGACGUUCUCUAAACCUUCUUUUAGCAUACCAGGCACAGGUGCAUAGAUAAAAGAGACCAGCAUAUUGUGAACAAAAAUUGUCUGUUAAAUUACACAAGCUUUAUAAAAUGUACAUUGCUGAAGUGAGGUACACGUCCACAUCAUUAAAGCAACAGACAAUUAGAUAAAACAAAGGUUAGGGGAAACUACAUGUGUGAAGGCAGUGAAAGGGCACACACUGUGUUAGACCUUGUGCUAAAUAUGUUCUUUAUCUUUUGUUAGUAUCAUUUCACAUUUUGACAUGGAUGAUGUUCGUUCUCUGCUAAAGAAACAAGAAUCAUUAUGAUGCCAUAUUAGUAUCAAUAACCCAAUACAUCUGCCAAAGCCUUCGCCAUAGCAUAAUAACAUCAGUGACAUCAUACAGUCGACGAUAUUCCCUAAAUAUAACACAACUGGAACAAGUCCACAGUCCUGGGCUGCAUUUGAAGAUAAUUGUAAGUUAAUGUUGAAGUAAAUCUAAAGAGUUUUUACAUCAUUCAAAGUAACACAAUUUUAAAAAAUGACAUUAACCUGAGUAUAUGGUCUCCUGAUCUAUAAAUGCUGCGUCUCUUGCUCUACUUGACUCUGAGGCUGUGCACACAUAGACCUACACAGGUAUGUCAACAUCCAUGAUCAGGAUGUCACAUUCUGUCUUUCUGUAAAUAAUGUAUAUGUAUCAAUACCUGUUUUAGUUGUCGUCUUUGCAUUUGUUUGUAACAAAGGUGAUGUGGAGACAGACUUGUAAGAAUGACACUGUGCAACGAUUUGUUUAAACAAAAAGGUUACAGGAACUAGUACAAGCUCACUCUUUACCUGACAGUGUUUGAGAUAUAGUGCUGCAUUAAUUGUCUGUGUGCACAGAUUCUUGUCAAUGCACUGGAUGUAAAUGUGUAUGAUAUUAAAGUAAAUAAUCUUUCAAAAA